AUGGACAAGGGACGCGAAAACGAGGAGCUUGUCUGCAUCGGACGCGCCAAGCCGCUGAUUCGCGAGUCGUCGAGGGAUAAAGUCCUACAGCCCUCCCGAAACAUCGACAAGCAACCCUCAAUCGAUCAGGUUCAUCUACCAGCGCUUCAGAGUCGACCCCAAUCGGAUCGAGAAAGCCCGGCUUCGACGGAUCGCCAAGACCCUCCACGUCGACUUGGCGGGACGCGGAUCGUCAGCGGGAAGUUGAGACGAGAAGCCAUGGCGCUGAAGCAGGAACCAUCGAUGGAGAGAGUACUCGAAUCCGAACAAACCUCGCGCUCCGAGACGCCUGACUUCAACUCCCUCCACGUCAACGUGCAUUCGACUGGAUCGGAGCUCCGAAUGACGGGCAACCCCAGCCGGAUACGGAAUGUUGGUAGCCACCUGCUUCAGCGCGUCAUCCGACUCCAGGGCGAAUUGGCGAGGAAGGAGCAGGAGAUAUGGGAAUUACGAGCCGGCACGAUGCCUCCGUCAGCUCAAGGCAUCCGGCAACGAAGCCCAUUCGAUCAAGCCGGAUAUGGUGUGAAUUUCUCGAAAAUUCCGCAGCCACUUCAUACGCAUUGGCAAAAGCGGCCGUCGCUGAAUUACAUCGGACUGGUGAUCGAUCCGGAUCAGUAUGCAGAUGAGAACGAGAUCUCGAAGAAAGGACUAUCCUCGGAUCUUCUGAACAGGGCCAGCUCCAGCUUAAAGGACCUUUUCGGAGCCGAGGGACUGGAACGUCAUUGGGUGCCGGCCGUACUCGCCCCCCUCGUCGAAGUAUUGGGCGUCGAAACCGAGAAGACUGCCCCUCAGUCUACCGUUUAUCCCGAUAACCUCUACCAUCCGGAAAUCCUCGUCUGCCCCAGCUGCCAUCACUCGGGGAAUAUGACAAGUACAGAGGGCUCCCAGUCGGGGGAGCGGCACAGCCCGGCGGAGGCGCAGGAAGAGCUCGCAAAACUUGAGGAUAUGGUCGAGGUCGAGAAUUUCGAAAAGAACGAGGCUCGGAUCGAGCUUGAUGAGACGAGGGGGCAGCUGGAGAAGGAGAAAUCUGUGGUCGGGGAGCUGCACUCGGAGGAAAAGCUCGUAACUCUCGGUCGUCUGCUCGUCUUGGAAGCGGAAGUGGCCCAGCUCAGCCAGCGAGAACCAGAAGCCGCUUCUGGAGCUCCAGAUGGACACGUUGAUGUCGUCAGAAUUGAUGGUCUACAAUCCAGCCCGGGUUUGUUCCGAGAAACGAUAAUGGAGGAGGACGAAGAUGGCCAUCAAUCGACCCGGACGACGAAGAGUCUCCAAAUCUCGAUGGACGACGGCCACAUCAUCUCCAGCCAGCCAUAUGCCAAUGAGGAGCACGACCAGGCUGGUGCUCUCGAUGAAGUCGCCGAAGCCAACUCAGAACCCGACUUGGCCUGCGAUUCAGCAGCGCUGGAUGAAGCCUUGGCUGGGCUUGAUGGCCCCGAAUCGCCACCUACCGUAGUCCUCGAGGAGGAAGAGGAUGAGGAUGAGGAGCCCUGGGAUGCAGGGAUUGAUCUCGAGGCAGCGAUGAGCGCGAGGGUCGAUCAGAUUUCGAUGGAUUCGAGGGCAACAUUCAACCCGGAGGACGAGCCCCAGCGUCAGCAAGAGGGUCAAGAGGAGCUACUACAAGAGGAAAGCGACCCAGCUGAAUACCCACAUCUCUCAAAACAAAUGAGCUUGGCUUCACGGAGCGCAACCCCAGAAGGCAGAAGAUCUGAUGAGGCGCUCUCGAUCACGACUGAAGAGGUCGACCAAGACGAGAUCGUACGAAUCCUUUCCUCGCGUUCGGAAGACCUGGAAAUUCCGGGGUCGGCGACCGAAGACGAAGCCGAUGAAGCUGACGAGGUUUUCCAAGGCCACGAGGAGAAGGAUGAGGUGAAGGAGUUGUACAACAUCAAGGACAACUUAGAGGAGCGCUUAGGCGCUUGGAAUCCGGAAUUGAGUGGCCCGGUCUAUCCGGAAAAGGUUGAAGAUCCAGUGAAGGAGAUGGAACGACGGCAAAAGGAGUUCAAUCGCGUCGCAGGCUACGUCUUUGAACUGCUCGAAGAGGACGUCGAGCUGGACACAGACGCUCGGCAAUUGUCGCUCGAAGAAAGGGGGCAGCUACGCACUCGGGUUAUUCAGCGGAUCGUCGAACAUCUACACCGGUUGAUCAGAAAUGACGACCCUCCGGCUCCACAAGCUGAUGCUCAAGAUCAGCGCCUCGGAAUGUACACCCGGUUGAAGAAGAUGCAAACUUUCGAUGAGGGAGCGUCCGGGUUCAAUUCGGACGCGGAUCGGAUAGUCAGUGCAGAAAUAGCUACAGACCAAAUCAACAACAACGCUCAACCCGUCGCCGAAAUUGCCCAAAACAUGACAGCCCACAUGCAGUCACAUCUGAAUACCGCCUACGCCGUCAGUUGGACCAAUGCACUGGGCCUCGUUUUCACCUGGGCCCUAGCACCAAAAUCGUACAAUGUUCCGCCAGGGGCCAUGCUCGCUCCCCCA